AUGACUAAGUGCAACAACCAUUUUGUACAGCCUGGAACAGGGCAGAAUAAUUUAAUGCUUCCUUCCGCACGUCCCCCAACUUUGGGAAGUUUGUCGAUUAGGCCUCCAAUUCAGCCAGUAAAUUCAACUGCGAUGAACCAGCAAAUGCAUGCAUCGUUCCUUCAGCAUCCGGUACGUGCUGGAAGCUCAACAGCCUCGCAUAAUCUUCAAAUGGUUCGUCCAGAUGCAAGCUUUCAGGCCGACCCCUCCAUGUCAUCUGGUACUUCCAAGUUACUCCGUAAGGGAGGUGAUAGAUCUCCCAAAGCUCCUGAGGAUUGGACCAAAAACAGUAGUAAUUAUUCAAACAUGUCCGCGGGAUUAGAGAAUAUAGGCACGACUCGUGAUAUUCCAGAAUCCUUCACUCGUCCGUUAAAGCUCACUAGAUUGAAUGACGGAAGGAAAUCCUCUCUUGCUUCUGGGACUUCAGAUGUGCCUGUCUCCAAAGGAUCAUCCCAUGUUCUUGGAAGUAGUUUAUUACCUGCACCUGCAGUUCCUAAAGCAGAAGCGCGGAACCCUGACCAACAAUCUUCACAGCUUCCAUCUGACGUGGAGUCUGUUUUGCUGCAACAAGUAUUGAAUCUAACACCGAAGCAAUUGAGUUCCCUGCCACCAGAGCAGCAACAACAGGUCAUCCAACUCCGACAAGCUUUUAAGCGAGAUCAGAUGCAACCUGCAUAACAAACAGCUUACCAAAACACCCUGCCAUGGAC